CCCCGUACUGCCUGUGAAGGGACCCAAGAUGGCUGAAAACUCAAGGGGGGCACUUAGCAAUUAUCUGAGCAAGACGUCUGAAAUGAAUGGCAAAUAACAGUAUAAUGUAAAGCGCUAUCUUGGAUUAAUUAUUUUGGUCCAUUUUAUUGGUCUGCACAAUUUUGGGGGAUGUCCGAGUAUUAGAAAUGAGAGAGAGGUCUCUCCGCGGCCCCGAGCCAGAACAUGGCGGAAUACUUGGGGAAGAGACACCAGCUAAUGCUAGUUAGCUGGCGUAAUAUUUAAAAGAAAAGCGGAGACACUGUUUUUGAUUUAAGCAGUGCUUGUUGUUCGCGAGUAAAAAAAUAAUGUUAUCGGUGUUGAACAGCGGUGAGUUUGCUUUAGACUGUAGCUCUGUAGUAAAUAUGUAGAGCGUAGGCAGCGAGCGUACUAGUUAGCUAACGUUACCUGCAAGCGUACAAACUGUACUGAGAGGAAACCAGUGCGUUUUUGUCGAGCUGGAUUUAUUUUGAAUGUGUCUAUCUCAGCUGUAGGCGUACAGUUUGCUAUGUCUUUCCAUCGUUUUUUGUAGAAAACAGACGAAAACGUCAGUUGUCCUUCGUUCAGUUAAUUAUACUGUCGUUACCUUACCACAAUGGUUUCUGUGCUGUUUCUGCCAGGCGCACUGCCUGUAUCUCUACGGAGAUAAGUUUCGACUCGGCUUGGCAAAAUAAAAAAAAUAAACUUGUAAAUGCACAAUCCUUCUGGGAAGGCUACGAAAACCCUCUUUAUCUUUGACGAUUUUCAAAGUAAAGAUCAACCCCUUUUAAAAGAUUUUUAACACUUCAGAAGUGGACAGGUGGUAGGGGUUAAUCUGCAGUUGUGUUACUAGGUGAAGAAGCCCCCCUGUGAGACCCUAAAAAGUUCGGGAAAAGGAACACCGGUUACAAUCACCUGCCAAGAUGACGGACACUCGUAGGAGAGUCAAAGUCUAUACCCUCAACGAGGACAGACAGUGGGAUGACCGUGGGACCGGGCAUGUCUCCUCAUGCUAUGUGGAGCGUUUAAAAGGCACUUCUCUCCUAGUUCGAGCAGAGAGUGAUGGUUCACUACUAUUGGAGUCCAAAAUCAACCCAAAUACAGCAUACCAGAAACAGCAGGACACAUUGAUAGUAUGGUCAGAGGCUGAGAACUAUGAUCUAGCACUCAGCUUUCAGGAGAAAGCUGGCUGUGAUGAAAUCUGGGAGAAAAUAUGUCAGGUGCAGGGAAAGGAUCCGUCAGUGGACAUCACACAGGAAGUUGUGGAUGAGUCUGAGGAGGAGCGCUUCGAUGACAUGUCUUCCCCAGGUUUGGAGCUGCCGCCAUGUGAACUAAACCGCCUGGAGGACCUCGCUGAGCUGGUGGCCUCCUCGCUCCCGUCGCCGCUGCGGCGUGAGAAACUGGCUUUGGCAGUGGAGAAUGAAGGCUACAUUCGCAAGCUUCUGGAACUGUUUCGCGUGUGUGAGGACUUGGAGAACCGAGAAGGACUGCACCAACUGUACGAAAUAAUCAAAGGCAUCUUCCUGCUAAAUCGCACCGCACUCUUCGAGGUGAUGUUUUCUGACGAGUGCAUCAUGGAUGUCAUCGGCUGUCUGGAAUUCGACCCAGCACUGCCGCAGCCACGGCGGCAUCGAGAGUUUCUGACUAAGACGGCGCGUUUUAAGGAGGUGAUCCCCAUCUCCGAUCCUGAACUGCGUCAGAAAAUACACCAGACAUAUCGCGUGCAGUACAUUCAGGACAUGGUGCUGCCCACGCCCUCUGUAUUUGAGGAAAACAUGCUGUCCACCCUGCACUCCUUCAUCUUCUUCAAUAAGGUGGAGAUAGUGGGCAUGCUACAGGAUGAUGAGAAGUUCCUGACAGACCUCUUUGCACAGCUAACAGAUGAGGCUACAGAUGAUGACAAAAGACAAGAACUGGUAAACUUUUUAAAGGAGUUCUGUGCGUUUUCACAAACAUUACAACCUCAAAACAGAGACGCUUUUUUCAAGACUUUGUCAAACAUGGGCAUUUUACCUGCACUAGAGGUUAUACUGGGAAUGGAUGAUGUUCAGGUUCGUGGGGCAGCCACAGAUAUUUUCUCUUAUCUAGUGGAGUAUAACCCCUCCAUGGUACGAGAGUUUGUCAUGCAGGAGUCUCAGCAAAAUGAUGAUGAUAUUCUUCUCAUCAACCUGAUCAUAGAACACAUGAUCUGUGAUACUGACCCAGAACUUGGUGGCGCUGUCCAGUUAAUGGGUUUGCUGCGGACUUUAUUGGAUCCAGAGAACAUGCUGGCAACCGCAAAUAAAACAGAAAAGACAGAGUUCCUGAGCUUUUUUUACAAGCAUUGUAUGCAUGUCCUCUCUGCUCCGCUAUUAGCCAACACAACAGAAGAAAAACCAAGCAAAGAUGAUUUUCAAACAGCCCAGUUGCUUGCCUUGAUUUUGGAGCUGCUAACGUUUUGUGUUGAGCAUCACACGUAUCACAUCAAGAACUACAUCAUCAACAAAGAUAUCCUAAGGAGGGUUCUGGUUCUCACUGCCUCUCAACACGCCUUUUUGGCACUAUGUGCCCUGCGUUUCAUGAGGAGGAUUGUAGGCCUGAAGGACGAGUUCUACAAUCGGUACAUCAUGAGAAACUUCCUGUUUGAGCCCGUCGUUAAAGCUUUCCGCAACAAUGGAUCGCGCUACAACCUAUUAAACUCAGCUAUGAUUGAGAUGUUUGAAUAUGUCCGUGUGGAGGACAUAAAAUCUCUGACAGCUCACAUUGUGGAGAACUACUGGAAGUCUCUGGAAGAUGUAGACUAUGUCCAGACAUUCAAAGGCCUAAAGCUGCGAUACGAACAGCAGCGAGAGAGACAAGACAACCCCAAACUGGAUAGCAUGCGCUCCAUCUUGCGGAACCACCGCUUCCGACGCGACGCACGGACGUUAGAGGAUGAGGAGGAGAUGUGGUUCAACACAGAUGAAGAUGACCUUGAGGAUGGUGAGGCCGUUGUUCCACCCUCCGACAAGAUGAAGAGCGAAGAAGACCUUAUGGAACCUAUUAGCAAAUUCAUGGAGAGAAAGAAAUUGAAAGACACGGAGGAUAAAGAAGUAUUGGGCAAGUCGAGUUUGUCAGGCAGGCAGAAUCCCAGCUUCAAGCUUUCCUUCUCUGGCUCCACUAAGACCAGUCUGGCCAGUCCUCCUUCAUCAGCAUCACUGAACCCAGGUUCUCCAGGAUCACCAGGAUCUCCCGGCUCAGGGGCACGGAGCUCGCCCCCCAUGACAGCUGUAACCACAAAGGGAGGUUUAGUGGGACUGGUAGACUAUCCGGAUGAUGAUGAAGAGGAGGAAGAAGAGGAGGACGGAGAAAGUAAAGAGGAUGCUCUGCCGCCCACAAAAAAAUCCAAACUGAGCUCGUAAAGAAUCACUGUUGCAGCUUUUACUCCACUCAGACAGUCUCAGAACAUUGACUCUUCACAGGAAUGAUCAAACUUGCAGACAAAUUGAAUGAAUGAAAGCUGCCCCUCAUUGUGAGAGGGCGGCCCAACGAGGAGCAGACUGCUGAUGGAUAUAAAGCCUUCUCAGAUUCUCCCAGUUCAUAGAAGUGCCAAUCAGGAGAGCAAGAGUGGACAAAAACCGUCUGAGAAGUGGAGCGGACGUGAAACGUUUUGGUGGAUGAUAGAGCUCCCACGAGAGAGCCUAGUUGUUGUUUGGUGAUUUCUCAACUGGAGGAAAAAGACCACAUACUAAUACAAAUGUACACACAGAGCAUAUGUGCUCGGACCAUAACCCACUGCCCCCUCCCCCUGCCCCCCACUCAGGGAAGGACAUCACAGCGACCCAGAUGGGUCAGCCAAUUCAGACCCACACCCACCUAUUGCACCCCAUUCCCUCCCUAGAGUUCACUUCCUCACUGUUCCUUUCUGCUUCCUUUUCUUCUGCUCUCGUUUCCUUCUCUUCGUCGGUUGCUUUUUGUUCCCUUUUAAGUUAGUUUUUAGGACCAGAUGGGAGGCAGCACGAGGCAAACACCUGCCCUUGUUGUCAUUUGAUGUCAUCAAUGUUGUUGCUCCUCAGUGGACGUUCUUUCUCUGAAGAGAAAAAAAAAAAGCCAGCAGUUUUUUUUUCAUGAUUUUCCUUUUGUUCUCUAUUUGUCUCUUCCUCCUGUUUUUUGUAAAUGACAACAAAAAAAGACCUGCCUUUAAAUGUUCAGGACGUUUUCAGACACACUUGAACAGGUUUUUAAAGACCUCAGUAGGUGAGCUAGUUUUACCCUUUUUUGCCCUUUGAAACUGCAGAUUUUUUGGAGAAUUUGUAAUCCCAUCUUGAUUAAAGAUUGAGUGGAAUUCUAGAUGUGAUGAUUUUUUUGUCAUAUCUUCUCAUUUUUUUUCCUUUCAAGAGUGUACACUUAGUUGUUCGGAAAAUUUGGGACCAUUAAAAAUGAUCUUUCCUGUAA